AGGUGCAAAGUCUCUGUCCAGGUCUUCGGAGAUUUCUGCAACGACAUUUUGCUUGAUCCUUUUUCCUGGAGUGGAGCAAGAGGAGAUUGGAGAAGCUUAAGCUACCUGCAAAGCUGCUGAACAUGUUCGCCAAAGAAAACCCAGACCUGCAGAAGAAAAUUGGAUGCGCAACGGGGAUCCUUCAGAUGUUUGACCGCCACCAUUUCCUCACUGGGAGGCACCUCAAUGAUCACAACCACAAGAAGCUUCUUUCAGGCUAUGGUCUCCAAAGCAGCAGAGAGUCAGAGCAAACUGCAUGCUUCUCACAGAUUCUUCAGGAGAAGAAACUAAGCAAGAACUUGAACGGGAACCGGAGAGUUCCCAUGGAAUCCUCAUUGGCUUCUUUUUCCGCUUCAUCCAGCUCAUCCUUCUCUUCCCAUGAAUACAAGAAAUCAUCUCAACGAGAGGCCUUCGAUAGAACGUUCUUCCCAGAGAGGUCACUCGAGAAUUCACCGAUGUUUAGGAAUUCCCAGAGACGUCUGUCGAUGGACUCCCAAGAUUACUGUAAGUCUGCUGCCAGACGUAGAGAGAUCCCGAGACUGUCACUGGAAAGCAGGGAAAGUUUACUGAGGAGUUCUAACUUUGGUACAGAAACCAGUUUGUUCUUGGGGGACUUGGACAGAACUAAGACGACUCCAAGAGUCUCCAAGGCUUCCGAUCUGCUUCAGGAUCGAAGUCGACAAGUACGACACCCCAGUGUUGUGGCAAAGCUCAUGGGAUUGGAUAAGAUGCCCGAGUUGAAUCCAGCAGCUGCAAUAAGAGACUGUGUUCCUUUCCAUGAACCAAGACCCAAAGGAACUCGGGAUGCAAGAAGCGAUCAAUCUCCCCGCUCAGUUCAAAGCAGAGAUUUGAAUCUCGAUAGAUUGCUAAAACUAAAUUCAAGCAUCAUGACUGAUCAGAUGCAGCAGCAGACUGAACCUAUCUACAAAAGAGCGGAGGGCAGGAUCAAAGAUAAGGACCUCAGGGCUCUCAAACAAAUGGUACACGCCAUGCGUGAGAAAAGGCUUGCACAGGCCAAGAAAAGGAAUGGCCACACUUGCAAGACUUCACCGCCGGAAGAUGAUGCAGAUCGUCCCCCGACACGAAGCAAUCCGAAUCCGAGGUCGCCCAAGGCCCGGAAACAACCAGCGAAAGCAGGUGGUGCUCCAAAAUCCUUGGAGCCGCCAAUUGCAAUCAUGAAGUCCGAAAUGUCACCUGGAGCUCGUGACUCGGUUCUGCUUGAAGGUCCACCGACUCCUGCGAAGCUGCGUACAAGUAGCACAGACGAUAGAAGAAGAGCUUCUGCAAACAACCACGGCGACAGAGACCACCCUCCCAGGGUCAGACUCCGGGAGACAGAUAAGCAAUUCAAUAGAAGGGCUACGCUUCGUUCAAAUCAAACACAGGGUAUAUCGAAGACCCAGCAAUCUCUUGGAACCACUCUGAACCCGAAACUACAGCAGAGAAGAAAGGAAGCAGAGAAGAAAUCAUGUCCACCUACUCCAUACUUGAACAAGGCCCAAGCUCAGUCCACCAACAGGCAAACACUUGAGUCAGUUUCUCCAAGAAGCAAACCAAGGCUGAAACAAUCUCAAGUACGAAAAAACAAAGACCAGAUUGAUGACAGUAUCCGUGAGACGAGGGGUCUCCGGUGCAGGGAUGAUGAAGUUUCUCCAUGUUCUUACAAAAGUAGGAGCUCGCCAUCGCAGUCAGCUGUCUUGCCGCAACAUAUAGAAAGCCCAUCAAGCAGGGCUGCCCACAACCCAGCGUUGGUCUUGAACCAGAAGGAGCUCACAAAUAUUGAUGCCAUGCAUAACCCAGAUCACAAAUAUGUGACUGAGAUGCUACUGGCAACAGGAUUUCUGAACAAAGACUUCCGAUUUGGACAGGCGAGCUCUGUUCCAUUUCAGCGACUGUCAUCAGACCAAGCUAUCAACCCUGACUUGUUCUCUGUUCUUGAGCAACCAAAGCAUGGCUGUCCCUCCAACCAUGACCGGAGAAACCACAGAAAGCUUGUUUUCGAUGUGGUAAAUGAGAUUCUAGCUCACAAGAUGGAAUCGUUCUCCAACGGAUUGCUUCAGACAAGGAAACCAAGUGGGCAACAUUUACUAGCAGAACUGUGCUCCGAGAUCGAACGGCUUCAAGCUGAGAGCACAAAGUCUACGAGCUCGGAGGAUGAUGUCAAUUACAUUUCCAGGAAGGAGGUUCUUCAUCGAUCCGAGUGGAUUGACUUCGACAUGGAGCAACCAAGAGUGGCUUUGGAGAUCGAGAAGCUGAUAUCUGAAGAUUUGAUCCAUGAAACUGUAAGCGAUGCAACUGAGGCUGUUCUCCGGGUCAAGACAGGCAAGCUAAGAAGACAGCAAUCUGCCCAAUGACUCCAUCUCCUCUUUACUGUUGCCAGAAGUAUAUGAGCAGACAGUGACUAGUAAUAAAUAGCUUUAUCCAUUUACAAA